AUGAAGAAGUCAGUCAAGUCGUGGCUGCCAACAAGCGGCAGCCCUCCGACAAUCAACCUUGGCAGCACGGUGGCGGAGAAAGGAAAAAGGAGCAUGCCAGAGACGGCGGUCCGAGCAAGACGUCCAGGCCGUUUUCCCGAGUCGGGAAGUUCACCAAUUAUACCCCAUCUCCGUCCCCAUCAUGGAAGUUUAUCAGCAGAUAGCCGAGAAGGGAAUUUUGUCGAAGCCCUGACCUCUAAAGGACCGAACCGGGGGAAAAAAAUCCUCUAUUGCGAUUAUCAUAAGGGCUAUGGACAUAAGACACAUGAUUGUUUCGACCUGAAGGACGCGCUAGAACAAGCGAUCCGGGACGAAAAACUGGCCGAAUUCUCCCAUCUCAUCAGGGAGCCGAGAAGACGAGAUCGCGACCGCGAGGAAGAGGAAAAGACCCGUGCAGUGAAGCGACGUCAUGAGCCAGAGGACAACGAGCACGACCUUACCAUAGUGAACGUGGUAACAGCAAGAGACGCAGCUCCAAGGUCAAGGUCGGCACACAAGAAAGACACCAAAGUCCUGGCGAUUUCCUCAUCUUCCGUGCGAAGCUCCAAGAGGGUUCCACCCAUCUCAUUCAGUCCGGACGACCAAUGGUUUGAUGAGGUCGCGGAAAACCCCCCCAUGGUCAUCAUGGCCAGAGUGGGAACCGGCCUCAUCAAGCGGAUCCUCGUGGACACCGGGGCUGACUCGAACAUCAUGUUCCACAACGUGUUCGAUGCCUUGGGCCUAUGGGAUGCCGAUUUAAAGACUCAUCAGCACGGUGUUGUAGGCUUGGGCGACCACUUCAUCAAGUCAGACGGGAUAAUCUCUCUACCGAUAUCCGUAGGACUAGGACGGGGGCGAAGAUCGGUAAUGGCUGAGUUCGUAGUUCUGCGAGACUCCUCAGCCUACAACGUCAUCCUAGGAAGGAAGACUAUCAACGACCUCGGGGCAGUGAUCAGCACAAAGAUGUUGGUAAUGAAGUUCAUCGCUGAUGACGGAUCCGUGGGAUCCAUAAAAGGAGACUUGGAAAUGGCAGUCGCUUGCGACAAUGCCAGUCUCUCCUUAAGGAAGAAAUUUAGAGAGGCAUAA